AUGUCAAAAUAUUUCUCACAAGAUCUUGACGUUGAUAAGUUAGAUCUAGUUGUCAAAACAUUUUAUACUGGUGUUGGAGAACAGCAACAACUGGCUCAACGAAUUUUAACUCAAUUUAAAGAACAUCCUGAUGCUUGGUUAAAAGUUGAUUCUCUUUUAGAUAAAUCCAAAUAUAUUCAUACAAAGUAUAUUGCAUUACAAAUUCUUGAAAAACUUAUUCAAACAAGAUGGAAGAUUCUUCCUCCUGAACAACAAAUGGGCAUUAUAAUAGUUGCAACUUCUGAGAAUGAACAAUCACUUCAUAAAGAGAAAACUUAUUUGAGUAAACUUAAUUUGAUUCUAGUACAGAUACUUAAACAAGAAUGGCCACAUAAUUGGCCACAAUUCAUUCCUGAGAUUGUUAGUACUGGACGUUCAAAUUUAAAUAUAUGUGAAAAUAAUAUGGCAAUUUUAAAAUUAUUAAGGCAAAUUUUCGAUUAUUCUGCUGAACAAAUGACACAAAUUAAAACAAAAAAUUUGAAAGCAAGAAUGUGUAAUGAAUUUUCAAAGAUUUUUGAACUUUGUAACGAAGUCUUACAAACAGCCAAUCAAACAAGUUUAAUUAAAGCAACUUUGGAAACGCUUUUAAAAUUUUUAAAUUGGAUUCCUUUGGGAUACAUCUUUGAAACUAGUAUAAUUGAUAAUUUAUGGACUAGAUUUAUAGAAUUGGAUGAUUAUAGAAAUUUAUCAUUAAAGUGCAUGACUGAGAUUGCAGCAAUAAGCAUAGAUCCGGAACAUGGCACCAAACUAAUUCAACUUUUUAGCAUGGUUGUGACGUCACUAGACAAAUUGAUACCACUUGAAAACGUAGAAUUGCCCGUUCUUUAUAAUAACAGCUCUAAUGAAUUCGAAGAAUUUAUCCAAAACUUAGCGUUGUUCUUGACAAGUUUUUUAACUAUAUUGGAGUUACCACAGAACCGUUCCGCUCUUAUAACUGCGCAUUACUGGCUCCUUCGUAUUUCCCAAGUUGAAGAACGUGAAGUUUUCAAGUCCAGCGAUUUAUAUGCUGAAAUUACACAAUUACCUGUUCUUGAAAUGCCUCUUCUUUCUCUAACUGGUGUUUCAUCAGCCCCUACCUCUCUUGCCAACAUUCCAUUGAGAAAACAUAUUUACGUUGACAUUUUAUCAAAUUUAAGAGUUGUUAUGAUUGAUCGUAUGGUAAAACCAGAAGAGGUUCUUGUGGUUGAAAAUGAAGAGGGUGAGGUUAUUCGUGAAUUUAUGAAAGAUAGUGAUACAAUCACUUUAUACAAAAGUAUGCGCGAGUGUUUGGUCUACCUGACAAAUUUAGAUGUACAGGAUACCGAGAGUAUUAUGUCAAACAAAUUAACUAAACAGGUUGAUGGAUCAGAAUGGUCAUGGAAUAAUCUAUGUAAACUUUGUUGGGCAAUUGGUUCUAUUUCUGGCGCAAUGUACGAAGACACAGAAAAACGGUUUUUGGUAACUGUUAUUAAAGAACUUUUAGGUUUAUGUGAACAAAAACGAGGCAAAGAGAACAAGGCCAUAGUUGCAUCAAAUAUCAUGUAUAUUGUCGGGCAAUAUCCUCGGUUUCUCAAGGCUCAUUGGAAAUUUUUGAAAACUGUUGUCAAUAAAUUAUUCGAGUUUAUGCACGAAACACAUGAAGGCACGUCUUAA